GAACGCUAGUCUUUAGCACCGCCCAAUAGCUGUGACGUCAUCACCAAGCAACAAACAUGGCGGCGCUCAUCAGCGGCGUGAGUCGGGAGCUCGUGCUUUUUACUGAAUGGAGGUCAUUAUUGUUAUUGAGAAGCUGUAACAGUGUAGUUAUAAACUCGAGAAGAUUUAUCCGAGGUCUCAGGCGCAGACCGGUAGCGGUGCUUUAUCCCGGUGAUGAACGUGAGACUCUCAUUAAAGCACCUGACCAAAGCAAGCAACACAAACAUGACCCUGAGACACUGAAGAAACAUCCGAAUAAGACAGAUGGACGGACGACUAAAGAGAAAACAUCCUCGGACACCCUCAGGCAAACUGGGAUAAAGAGGUCUAGUGGAAAUCUGCCUGGAGUGGCAGUUGAGAGUUGUGGUGUGAGGGAGCAGCUGGACGGCCUGCGGUUCGACAGAGCUCUUCCUGGAGACAAGAGACUUGCGAAGAUGGCGAGCAUUGCCCGCUCCAGAGCAUUUAGAGAGAAGGAGGGCAAAGUGUUGCUGGAGGGAAAGCGUCUGAUCUGCGACGCCAUGGCUGCCGGAGCGUCUCCUCAGGUGCUGUUCUUCAGCAGAGUGGAGAACCUGCGAGAGCUUCCUCUGGACAAACUGCGCCAGGCGUCUCUGGUAAAGGUCAAGUUUGAGGACAUCAGAAUCUGGUCUGAUCUGGUCACUCCACAGGGGGUUAUCGCUAUAUUCUCAAAGCCAGAUGAAUCUCGGCUCACGUUCCCCAAAGAUCUUCGUCUCCAGUCCGUCCCCUUGUUCCUGAUCUGUGAUAACAUGCGAGACCCAGGGAGCCUGGGUACCGUCCUGCGCUGUGCCGCUGCAGCCGGCUGCGAUCGUGUCCUCCUCACUCAAGGCUGUGUGGAUCCGUGGGAGCCGAAGGUCCUGCGUGCCGCAAUGGGAGCCCAUUUCCGUCUGCCCAUAUUCUCUGGUUUGAACUGGGACUCCGUUUCAGAGCAUUUACCGACGCCAGUGACCGUCCAUGUUGCAGAUGAUGCAAGCAGGAACACGAGGAGCUCUGACACGGAGGUUCAGACGCCGGGAAAGAUUUGCAAUAAUGCUGUUUUGGAGCAGUACACUGAAUCAGACUCGGAUGAAUCUGAUGAUGAACCGUCUCUUCCGUGCAUGGAGCAGAAGGUGUAUCAUGAGAACUGGGCGCAGAGAAACACCGCUCUAGUGAUUAGCGGUGAGACGCACGGACUGAGUGCAGAGGCCCUCCAGCUGGCUGAGGAAACGGACGGUUAUAAACUCUUUGUUCCUAUGGCUCCAGGAGUCGAGGGUCUGAAUUCAGCCAUGAUGGCUAGUAUCCUGCUAUUUGAAGGGCGGAGACAGUUGAUGAAAUUUGUCCAGAAAGCAAGAAGAGCAAAAUCCAUCAUCCACUGAUCAGUAAUUCUUUAAUACAGUCUUUAAUGUUAAACAGGUCCGGAGAUUGGAAUUAAAAGUUCUGUUUGACA